ACUCCCAAAACGGUUUACAUGGCAUCAUGGUCCACUGGCUUUUGUGGCUGCUUUUCUGACUGUAGCUCUUGUUGCCUCACUUUAUGGUGUCCAUGUGUUGCAUUCGGAAGGGUAGCUGAGAUUGUAGACAAAGGAACAACUUCUUCUUGUGUGCAUGGAUUGCUUUACUGUCUACUUGGUGGUUUUAGUCAUUUUGGGUCAAUCUAUGCAUGCAUUUAUCGCACAAAAUUAAGGAGGGUUUUUGGAAUUCAUGGAAGCCAAACUUGCGAUUGCAUUGCUAGUUGUUGUUGUGUUCAUAUUUCUCUGUGUCAAGAGCAUCGCGAGCUUGAAGCUCGUGGUUUCAACGUGUCUGCAGGUUGGAAAGGGAACGUGCAAAUGGGUUCCCGCGGUGUCACGGCGGCUCCGGCAUUGCAAGGUGGCAUGAGUCGUUAGUCCAAUAUAUUUAUGGUUGUGUUCUUGUUUUGUUGUGGUGAUGAUAAUGAAAAACCAAGUGUUUAUGUACUUGAGAUAGUGUGGUUUUCCUUAAUUUCUAAUGAUUGGAUGUUUAACCUUUUAUAGCUCGAGUUGUUUUUUCCUUAGUGAGGGAAAAUGAAAUAAAGUGUCCUUUGUUGAAUUAUUUGGUGCUCAUCA